GGCGGAGGGCGAGGAGGCGGGUUCCGCAUGUGGUUACCCUGGGGCUGAUCCAGUCUUCAGCUCUCGCGGGCUGGGAGUCCGGGGCGGCAGCAGAGGCCACACCCAGGGCUUGCUGGUCCCGCGCUUUCCGGGGCUGAGCAGGCGCUUGCUGCUUGAACCGGUCAAAGAAGGAACGAAUGAAUGACCCUUUUGCCAGGAUGGAGACCCGGGGGCCUCAGGGAGCUGCGAAUCCCAUGGAAUCCUCCCGCAGCCAGGGGGACCUCGGGCCUUUUCCGCGCGAGGUAGAGCGCGGGGCUCCGCUGGUUCCGGGCGCCCGGAAUCUCGCGACGGCGGGGGCGAGCCGAAGCCAGGGCGGCGGCCACGAGGACAGAUCGGCAGUUCGGGCCCUCGGACCUCGGGCCGGGGCCGGGGCCGGAGAGGAAUUGGACCGUGAGUCCUGGGUCAGAGAGAAAGUGCUCUUUCUCCUGCACCCGGAGAGGUGGUUAGGGACUCGAGGGGACCCUGCACGGGAAGAGGUGGCCGGUGCAGAGGACCUUGCUCAUGCGGGUGGAGAAGACCACGGCGAGGAGCCCAAUUACCCUUCUGUCUUUCAACGAGAAAAGCGAAUUUCUGGCAGGCGUGUAGCCCCGCCGCGGGACCCAGCAGAGCCACCCAAAUACGUGCUUGUGCGGGUGGAGGAUUAUCACUUAACACAAGAAGUGUCGCAGACCUCCUGGGCCAAGGGUCGCAUGACCACGAGGACUGAGGAGCACUCCGUGACCGCGCUCACUUUUCGCAGCAGUAGAGAGGGACAGCCUGGGGGACGCCGGGCCCCUGCUGAACCCCGGGCUCUCCAGGCACGAACAGGGGCACCCCGCGUCCACGCCGCGGAGAGGAGGGUUUCACCGUCUCCAGGGACCUGGCUCGAGGAAAUUGAACUCUAAAGAGCAGCCCGAGAAAUGUUCCGGGAUGGCGGGUGAGCGAUCAUCCUUAAAAGAAAAUGCUAUUCUGGGAGCUCCAACCUGCAGUUAACCUACAGAAGGAAACUUUUGAGAGGCUGGCGCAGCGCUUCAGGGAGGCGGAUUAAGAACUGACCUAGAAACAGAAGUGAAGUUUGAAGUCUGCUCUCUGCAAAGAGGGUGGGAGUGGGUGGAGAAGAGCCUUAUUUUAAAAGUCAAAAACAGAAAGUAAAAAGAAAUGGGAAAAUAAAACCAAAGCAGCGAGUGACUCUCUUCUGAUGUGCACUUUUCAUUUUUCUCCCCCGCAUUUCAGUGUUAGAAAGAAAAAGAGAGGAGCUAGGGAAAGAAGGAGUUGGGGACAGAAGACUAAGAUUUCAACAUGAAAUUCCAUUUACAAAAGCUUUACCGCAAACAAUAGCUAAUUUAGUCCUGUAAACAUGCAUUUAUCAUACAUUUUAAUUUUAAUAUUAGAAAUACUGCAUGUAAAUGUUCUGAUCUAAAGGUAGAUAGCAAUAUGUAGUUUGCCAUAAAAUGAAUGCAUGUCUUAUUCUUUUCCAUAGUUCUUCAUUAAUGAGACUUGUAGUCAAGAAUAGAUUGAAAAUACCGUUCUCCUGGUGUAGUUAAAAAAAAUCUCUUCUGGUACUACUGAAACAACUAAUUUUUCUUAUUUUGUUUAUUCCUCUUUGUUAUUAAAUACCAUCUGAAUUAACUCCUUAGUAGUUGGCCUGGCUGGAGCUCUGUGAGGAGCAAAGCAGCCCUCUCCAGGUGAACUGCUUGACUUUACCACCUGAAGGAGUAUUUACUGCAAGAAUUAACAAAGCAGGUGUUCCUGAUCCAAGCAGAACUGUGUUAUUUGAAGAGCCUGAGAAAUCUUAUACCAUUUACAAGUGUCCUAGGAGUGCAUCCAACCUGAAACUUGGGCAUCCUCAAUACUAAGAAAUCUCUGAGAAUGGCUGGGUCUUGGCUCUUUGAUCUUACCUCUACUCCACUGAAAAACAUGAUUAUCUAAAAUUAUGUUAGGUGGAUGAACCACAUCAAAGACUUCCAGAAGCCACUCCAGUGACCAUAAGAUAAAUGUCAGAAUCACAUAACCCCCAGGAUCAGGCAAGUGUUAUCCUCUCUUAAAACUCUUCGUUUACAACCAUGAUCUCCUGUUGGGAAUCAUUACAUUUGACUUGCUGCUUAUUUUUGUUGGAUGUUACCAGUGCUUGGUGAUAAAACUUGAUGUGGCUCUUUGCUUUG